AUGAAUAAUACUAUCACUUUAGAUUCUCAUACAAUUGAUUUAUCGACAUUGGAAGAAUUAAGGGAUCCUAAUUUAAUAAGUAGAUACCCUCCAUUGUUCCAAAGAAAACAAAAUUUAAUUACAUUGGAUCAUAAUAUUAACAUUGGUAGUCCAAGUGGUUCUAUUAAAAGAUCCAAAACGGUUUCAACUAUAAAUUCAAAGAAUUUAACAUCAUUGACACCUAGUAUAUCUGCACCUAUUUCAAAUUAUUAUCCAAUUCAACCAUAUUCUCCAUCAAUAAAUUCAAAAGAAGCCCCAAGUCACUAUGGUAACAAGAGACAUCGAUUUGUUAAAUUUUUAAAGAAUUUUUCUUCAAAGUCAAGCAGACCAACUAGGCUGGAAUUGUUGAAACAAUCAAUAAGCAAACCUAUAUCGCAGCAACAGCAACAGAAACAGCAAUCACCACCACCACAACAAACCGCAGUAUCACUGAAUAAACUAGAUUAUCAUGCAUCAAUAUUUAUGAAUAGUUUAUAUCCUUCAAAAUCAAGAAAUUCAAUUGAGAUUAAAUCAGAUGUAGAUAGUGAAACCAUGUGUGAUGCAACAAAUACACCAACAGAAGAAUAUGGACCUGAAGAAGAAAUUUAUGAAGAAACUAAAGAAUUUGAAUUAUCAAGACGUAAUACUUAUCUAUCACAAUUGAAAUUCCAACCAAUGUCUCCACCACAAGAUUUUUCAGCAGUAAAUACAAUAAUUAUUCCCCCUGUUGGUGGAAGUAGUCAUAUUAUAAAUCCUGAAUAUUAUUCAAGUCCAAUUAUUCAUCCUAAUAUUCAUAUUGAUCAAAUGACUGGAACAAUAAGUUCAAAUAAUCACCGAUCAAAUAUUUCUUUUGCAAAAUAUGAUUUAAUGAAUUUAGAUCCAAGUGCAAUGUCACCCGUAGACGAUAAUGACGACGAUAAUGAUGAUGAUGAUGAUGAUGACAUGGUUGAAAUUGAUAGAACUGAAUUUGUAUUACCAAAUUCAUCAUUUUUUAUACCCACUACAACAAUUAAUGCAUCUAAAGGUGAAAUGAUGGAUAAUGAUCAUAUUCCAGUAGAAGAAGAAGAAGAAGAUGACGAUAAUGAUUCAUAUUAUAGUUUUUCAAAAUCACCUCAGGAUUCAAAUAAAUUAUCUUUGAAAUCUCCAGGGAUCAGAACAAAUAGUUCGAGAAUUGUGGCAUCCCCAAUUUAUAGAAUUAUUCAUAAUUCUCCAACUGAAGGUAGAUAUUAUUAA